AAUGUGUGUGUACCAAUGAAUCGUGAGGGGGGUUUGGAGGGGGCAGAUGAUAAGCGAGCUGCGUUGCCCAACGUUGUGCAAAGCGCCAAGGCGGUGAGGGGUAGGUCGUGCGAGGCGCGAAAGCUUGUCGUUGCGAAACGAGUGUUUUUGUCGCAGUACUGUAACAGUCGCAAAAGUGAUGCGCAGCAGUGGAGACGCACACCGGUCUGCUGGCCCACUGUGAGCCGGGCCGGACAACUCGACUUGCAGGUCGUCGUUGGCAGUGUGGCCGCCAGCAUCGCCGGCAUCAGUGGCCCCGUCUUGGCCGCGUGGGAGUCGUGCAAGCUCUUCUUCCGCUCCGACCCCCUCAAGAUCGUGCGCGCCGAGGCCCAGUACAUGUACGACGAGCAGGGGCGGGCCUACCUGGACUGCAUCAACAACGUGUCACAUGUGGGCCACUGCCAGCCCGACGUGGUGGCUGCCGCCUCGCGCCAGCUGUCCGUGCUCAACACCAACAACCGCUUCCUGCACGACAACCUGGUGCUGUGCGCGCAGCGCCUCACGGACCUCAUGCCGGAGCCGCUGUCCGUGUGCUUCUUCGUCAACUCGGGGUCCGAGGCCAACGACUUGGCGCUGCGCCUGGCGCGCGCGCACACCGGCCACCAGGACGUCAUCACCCUGGACCAUGCGUACCACGGCCACCUGUCCUCGCUCAUCGAGAUCUCGCCCUACAAGUUCAACAUGAUCCCCGGGCACCAGCAGGCCGACUGGGUGCACGUGGCGCCGUGCCCCGACGUGUACCGCGGCAAGUUCCGGGACUGCGACCACCCCGGCGAGGACAUGGGCGCCCUGUACGCCGAGGAGGUGCGCGCGCUGUGCGACAAGGCGUCCGCGCGCCCGGGCGGCGGCGUGGCCUGCUACAUCGCCGAGAGCCUGCAGAGCUGCGGCGGCCAGGUCAUCCCGCCCGACAACUACCUGCGCGAGGUGUUCAGGCACGUCCGCGCCGCCGGGGGCGUCUGCAUCGCCGACGAGGUGCAGGUGGGCUUCGGCCGGGUGGGCAGCCACUACUGGGCCUUCCAGCUGCAGGGCGAGGACGUGGUGCCCGACAUCGUGACCAUGGGCAAGCCCAUGGGCAACGGCUACCCCGUGGCCGCCGUCAUCACCACCAGGGCCGUGGCUGACAGCUUCCGAGACACCGGGGUGGAGUACUUUAACACGUACGGCGGCAACCCCGUGUCGUGCGCGGUGGCCAACGCCGUGAUGCAGGUGAUCGAGGACCAGGGCCUGCGCGGCCACGCCAAGGAGGUGGGCGACCACCUGCUGGAGCGGUGCCGCGCGCUGCAGCAGCGCCACGCCCUCAUCGGCGACGUCCGCGGCGUGGGGCUGUUCGUGGGCAUCGAGCUGGUGACGGACCGCGCGGCGCGCACGCCCGCCACCGCCGAGGCGCAGCACGUGCUGUCCAGGAUGAAGGACGAGAGCAUCCUGCUCAGCUCGGACGGGCCCGACCGCAACGUCCUCAAGCUCAAGCCGCCCAUGGUGUUCAGCAUGCAGAACGUGGACACCUUCGUGGACGUGCUCGACGAGGUGCUGGCCGAGCUGGAGGACCUCGACGGCGACCUGGCCGAGCCCGUCAACGGCCACCACGUCAAGACCAACGGCACCAACGGCACCAACGGAGUCAACGGUCACAGGGGAAAGGCCACCGCUUGAUUAUGUCAACGGACACUCACCCAGGGGUCCCAACUUGCGUUGGCGAGCCCUACCACAACACACGCCCCAUCAUCUCUAAACUACGACAUUACUACCAGCAACGACAUCCUUAUCAUCCCAAAUCACUAACAAAUGUUUAAGUAUAAUAAUAAAGUUAUAUUUUUUGUAGA